CCCAUAUUCUCCCCCAUCGCAAACCUUGCUACCAAAGUUCCUUUUUGAUUUCCUUUCAAUGGAAGAAGAAGAUCAGAAAGAGCUCCAACUUCUUCCUACUCCGCUUUCAAUACCUUCUUCGUCACGCAUGUCAUCACUACCAUUAAAUUCUUCUUCCUUCAGAUAUCGAUCAAUGGUGUCAGAUCAUCAUCAUCAUCAUCAUAAUCAGAUUGAAGCUCCAUCACUUGACUUACAACUAUCAAUAAGUGUAAGGCCGAUCGAGCCACCCUCCAACUGUGUUUUAAGCGGUCAAAUUUGUGAGUUUGAUGACGUUAAUAAGUGCGCUACAGGUAAUAACUGCGUUGAUGUUGAGUCGUUGAAGUGGCAGGCAGCCGAGCAAAUUAGACUGGCCGCUGCUGAGAAGGCGUAUGCAGAAAGUGUGAGAGAGCUUACAAAGAGAGAAAUGGAGCUGGCGCAAUCUGAGUUUGCAAGAGCAAGACAAAUGUGGGAGAGGGCAAGAGAAGAAGUGGAGAAAGCUGAAAGAAUGAAGGAGAGAGCAACUAAACAGAUAGAUUCUACGUGCAUGGAGAUCACUUGCCACUCUUGCAGGCAAAGCAAAUGAUGAUAAACAGUCUGAUCAUCUCAGCCCCAGUAAAUGAUGAUAAUCGGUGUGAUCAUCGCUGCCCAUUUUAUGAUGCGUGUUGCUGGUACUGCAAGGCCUUCCACUUCAAUUCUGAUUUUGGAGUCACUGCUCAAAGCAAAGAAUCUGGCGCAUGAUUUAUGGUUAAACAGAAAGAUUCAUUAAUCCUCCUUUACAAAAUUUGAUUGCUUGGCGAAACUGAUCUCGUUGUUAUGCAUUCUUUGUGCUCCCCUCAUAUACAUUAGUUUAAUCUUUUAACUGUAAAUAAGUGCUUGUUUAACGAGAGAGAGAAGACAUGGAAUUAGAAGUUUAUCAAUAACCUACAUGAUUUAUGGUCUAUUUCUUGUUUCAGAUCA